AUGGAUCAGGCUGGGAAGGGCAAGGAAAAUACCCCAAAGGUUGAGGAUGAGAGAGGAAAAGUUCAGGAAAGGGUAACGGGAGAUUCAAGUACCACUAAAGAACAAGGAGAGAAUGUUCUCUCAUUCGGCAGCCUCACUCUAAUAGGAAGCCUCCCUGAGUUUUCAGGCAUUAGAGGGACACUUGCAGUUAGGGAAUUUGUAGGAAAGAUUCUUCAGGCAAGAGCCUUGGUACCCACUUGGGAUGAUUCCACCGUCCUUACCAUUGCGAAGCUGAAGAUCACCGGACCAGCCCGGGAAUUCAUUGCUGCCAACGAGGACACCUUUCCCUACAAGAGUUUUGAAGAACUCACAAGGGACAUUCACGAAGCUGGGAAGGGCAAGGAAAAGACCCCAAAGGUUGAGGAUGAGAGAGGAAAAGUUCAGGAAAGGGUAACGGGAGAUUCAAGUACCACUAAAGAACAAGGAGAGAAUGUUCUCUCAUUCGGCAGCCUCACUCUAAUAGGAAGCCUCCCUGAGUUUUCAGGCAUUAGAGGGACACUUGCAGUUAGGGAAUUUGUAGGAAAGAUUCUUCAGGCAAGAGCCCUGGUACCCACUUGGGAUGAUUCCACCGUCCUUACCAUUGCGAAGCUGAAGAUCACCGGACCAGCCCGGGAAUUCAUUGCUGCCAACGAGGACACCUUUCCCUACAAGAGUUUUGAAGAACUCAGUAAGGCUCUUAUAAAACAAUACGCAGUUCCUGAAGACCUUUCAACUUUGCAGGUUGAGUUGUCCCAGAUGAACCAGAUGGCCUCUGAAACAGUUAGGACCUGGGGAGCCCGCAUCAAGGGGAUUGGUGCGAAACUUGAGAGUCUCCGGGAAGGCGGACACCACCUUGCUUCAAAAUCUCCUGAAAGUCAGAUAGCUGCGCAGGAGGAGGUGCGGGACCAAGGAAUUGGUCGUACUCCACUCUUUCUCGUGGAGAGGGGACAAGGAAUGCCCAGAGACAGAGGAAACCAGGGAAGGAUGGAAUGGGAUCAGAGGCAUCGAGACCUUCAAGGGAACAACUUUCAAAAUCAGCAGCCCAUUAGCUACAUCAAUGUAAUUGAGACGGAGGAGGAAGAUGUAAUAGCGUACCAGCCUUACUAUGACCGACAACGAAUCAAGUCUGAGCAGAGAUCUGACCCAAAUUGGGGACCAUUGAUAGAGCAGAUGGAGAAGGAAAACUGGACUUGUGGAGAUUUUGUACUAAAUGAGAAACUUCUUUUCAAAAGAGGCAUUUUGCCAAGCGUAGAAGAGAAAGAAGAAGUUUGGGAGCAGCUUGAAGCUGACCCGGAUGAAAGUCUCGAUGCACCUCUUUUUCCUCAUCCAACCCCCUCGGAAUACUCUGAACAAGGAGAAAAGGGAACAGACAAGGAGGAAGAUGCCUCCUUAGUAAACGAGGCAGAAAGUGAAGUGAAGUGGAGGGAGACAUAG